UCUUCACUCUCAACUCCGCCCAUCUCUACAGCGAACCGAACGGAGAUUGUUUUCCUGUCUUGGAAGGAGAUUUUCUGUUUGUAGCCGCUGCUUCUUUUGUUUAUUUUAAAUCACUCGCCUAUCACAAAUAGCUCGUGACGUCCACACCUCGUUCGCGUAUUUUCAAGUCAGAAGUGCGGCGAGUAAUCCACGUCAAACGGAUUAAGAAUUCAUCUGGUAACUUCUGCUCGCUGUUGGGGAGAGGGGUGUCCCAGCUCUCGGGAGUAUGAGUUCACAAUGAAGCGGCGUCUGGAGGAUCAGGAAACGGUUUUUGCGUCCCAGCAGCGGCGCCUGGCUGGCAGCGCGGAGGCUUUCCAGCAUCGAGUCCUGGCCCCCGCUCCAGCUCCGGCUGUGUAUGAAGCCGUGUCUGAGAACAUGCAGCCUUCAGCUGGAGUCCAGUACUCAGUCCCACAGGGGUACCAGGUACCCAGUGUGGCCCCGGGUGGUAGCGGGCAUGGACACACCCCCAGCCCAGCUGUACACGCAGCACCUCACCAUCACGGUCCAGCGGUUCAGCCCCACGGGCCCUCAGUGAUGCCAGGCCAUGGCCAUACAGCAGCUCCACAAGGCUCUGCACAGGGACACCAGCAGUUCCAGAGACUCAAGGUGGAAGAUGCUCUGUCCUACUUGGAUCAGGUGAAGCUUCAGUUUGGGAACCAACCUCAGGUCUACAACGACUUCCUGGAUAUAAUGAAAGAGUUUAAGUCCCAAAGCAUCGACACUCCCGGGGUCAUCAGCAGAGUGUCGCAGCUCUUUAAAGGCCAUCCGGACCUCAUUAUGGGCUUCAACACUUUUCUUCCUCCGGGCUACAAGAUCGAGGUCCAGACCAACGACCUGGUCAACGUGACCACGCCGGGUCAGAUCCACCACAUCACCCCGCACGGCAUUUCAGUCCAGAACAUCCCCAUAACCGGAGCCGCUACGCAGCACCAGCCCCCGCAGCCCUCCGCCCCCACCACCACGGCUCCUCCCCUUCUGACGCAGCCCACGCCUGCCAAGCUGAGCAAGCCUCUUCAGUCGCAGGUGUUGACGCCCAGCAGUCAGAGCAGUCCGUCCAUCCCUGCAUACACCUCCCCGCGCUCGCCGCCGGCGCAGCUCCAUCCACCGCUCGCCGGGACGCCCACCGGCCCGCCCCUCCAGAACAACCAGCCCGUGGAGUUCAACCACGCCAUCAACUACGUCAACAAGAUCAAGAACCGCUUCCAGGGCCAGCCGGACAUCUACAAGGCUUUCCUGGAGAUCCUCCACACGUACCAGAAGGAGCAGCGCAACGCCAAAGAGGCGGGGGGGAACUACACGCCGGCGCUGACGGAGCAGGAGGUGUACGCUCAGGUGGCUCGGCUCUUCAAGAACCAGGAGGAUCUGCUGUCAGAGUUCGGCCAGUUUCUCCCCGACGCCAACAGCUCCGUGCUGCUGAACAAAACCACCGCAGAGAAGGCGGAGUCCGUACGAAACGAUCACGGUUUCACCACCAAGAAGCUACAGCUCAACAACAAGCAGCGGCCCAGUCAGAACGGCUGCCAGAUCCGCCGCCAUCCCGCUCCUGGGAGCACGCCCCCCGUCAAGAAGAAGCCAAAGUUGCUGAAUCUGAAGGAUCCCUCCAUGAUUGAUCCCAGCAAGCACGGAGGCGGCACAGAAUCUCUGUUCUUUGAGAAGGUGCGAAAAGCCUUGCGAAGCGCCGAGGCUUACGACAACUUCCUGCGCUGUCUGGUCAUCUUCAACCAGGAGGUGAUCUCCCGGGCGGAGCUGGUGCAGCUGGUGUUGCCCUUCUUAGGAAAAUUCCCAGAGCUGUUCAACUGGUUCAAAAACUUCCUGGGGUACCGGGAAAUGUCCCACAUCGAAACCUACCCCAAGGAGCGGGCGACGGAGGGCAUCGCCAUGGAGAUCGACUAUGCUUCCUGUAAGAGGCUGGGGUCCAGCUACAGAGCCCUGCCCAAAAGCUACCAGCAGCCCAAAUGCACGGGCAGGACGCCGCUCUGCAAAGAGGUCCUGAACGACACCUGGGUCUCCUUCCCCUCCUGGUCUGAGGACUCCACAUUCGUGAGCUCCAAGAAAACCCAGUAUGAAGAGCACAUCUACAGGUGUGAAGACGAGCGAUUCGAGUUGGACGUCGUGCUGGAGACCAACCUGGCCACCAUCCGAGUCUUGGAGACGGUGCAGCGGAAAUUAUCCCGCAUGUCUGCGGAGGAGCAGGCAAAGUUUCGCCUGGACAACACAUUGGGGGGGUCCUCAGAGGUCAUCCACCGGAAGGCCAUCCAGAGGAUAUACGGAGACAAGGCGGCCGACAUCCUCGACGGUCUGAAGAAGAACCCGGCGGUUUCUGUGCCCAUCGUGUUGAAACGGUUGAAAACAAAAGAGGAGGAGUGGCGGGAAGCCCAGCGAGGUUUCAACAAGAUCUGGAGGGAGCAGAACGAGAAGUACUACCUCAAAUCUCUGGACCAUCAAGGCAUCAACUUCAAGCAAAACGACACCAAAGUGCUUCGAUCCAAGUCGCUGCUGAACGAGAUUGAAAGCAUCUACGACGAGCGCCAGGAGCAGGCGACCGAGGAGAACGCCACCGCCCCCGCCGGCCCACAUCUAACCCUGGCCUACGAGGACAGCCAGAUCCUGGAGGACGCGGCGGCGCUCAUCAUCCACCACGUGAAGCGGCAGACCAGCAUCCAGAAGGAGGACAAGUACAAGAUCAAGCAGAUCAUCUACCACUUCCUCCCCGACAUGCUGUUCUCGCAGCGCGGCGAGCUCUCGGACGUGGAGGAGGAGGAGGAGGAGGAAGAGGAGAUGGAUCUGGAGGAGGGCGCCGGCAAGAAGCACAAUGGCGUCGCAGCCAGCGGCAGCCCCUCUAAGUCCAAGCUGCUGUUCAGCAACACGGCGGCGCAGAAGCUGCGCGGCUGCGACGACGCCUACAACCUGUUCUUCGUCAACAACAACUGGUACAUCUUCAUGCGGCUGCACCAGACGCUGUGCUCGCGGCUGCUGCGGCUGUACGGGCAGGCGGAGCGCCAGAUUGAGGAGGAGGUGCGGGAGCGGGACUGGGAGAGGGAGGUGCUGGGACUGAAGAAGGAGAAGAACGACAACCCCGCCAUCCAGCUGCGACUGAAGGAGCCCAUGGACAUUGAAGUGGAAGAUUACUACUCGGCGUUCUUGGAGAUGGUGAAGAACCUUCUGGAUGGAAACAUGGAGGCUUCUCAGUAUGAGGACUCACUGAGGGAGAUGUUCACCAUCCACGCCUACAUCGCCUUCACCAUGGACAAGCUCGUCCAGAGCAUCGUCCGGCAGCUCCAGCACAUAGUCAGUGACGAGAUCUGCGUCCAGGUGACGGACCUCUACCUGGCAGAGAGCGCCAACGGCGCUGCAGGGGGCGCCCUGUCCACACUGUCUGCCAGGAGCGCGGCAGAGGGCGUCUACCAGAGGAAAGCCGAGCAGCUCAUGGCUGAUGAAAACUGCUUUAAGGUGAUGUUUUCUAAAACCAGAGGGCAGGUGCAGCUCACUGUGGAGCUGCUGGACACGGAGGAGGAGAACUCAGACGAGCCCAUGGAGGUUGAGCGCUGGUCUGAUUACGUCGGCCGCUACUUAAACCCCGACUCCACCACUCCGGAGCUAAGGGAACAUCUCGCUCAGAAACCUGUUUUUCUUCCCAGGAACCUGCGGCGAAUCAGGAAGUACCAAAAAGGCAGAGAGCAGCUGGAUAAGGAAGCCUGUGAGGGAGGCAAGAAAUCUCUAGAGAAGGAGAAGAUGGAGUGCAUGUUUAAGCUCAACUCCUACAAGAUGGUGUACGUCUUCAAGUCCGAGGACUACAUGUAUCGACGCACGGCACUAAUGCGCGCUCACCAGUCGCACGAGAAGGUGAGCACUCGGCUGCACAAACGUUUCCACGCGUGGGUGGAGGCGUGGGUCAAAGAGCACGUCACGCGGGACAUGAACGCUGACACCAACAAGUGGCUGAUGGGCGAGGGCCGCGACGGCUUCCUGCCCUGCACCACCAGCCGCAACCCGGAGGUCCUCCACUUCAUGAACAUCAACAAGUACCGCGUCAAAUACGGCUCGCCGCCCAAGGCUCCAUAAGUGGAGCACGGACUUCAGGAGUCGAUCUGAGGGCUUAUUAAAGUGUUUUUAAGGCCAAUAUGGGAGCACAACCAAGCGAGCUGCCGUGUGAAGUUGCAGCCAGGGCGGCAGGA